AUGUGUCUCCAUCAGCUCAGCUGCCAGGAGGAGUCCUCACCUACCGUGGGGAGAGGGGAAGCAUGGGUCGGCUCCCUGGCCAUGGGGAUGAUUUUUUUCUGCUCUCCCAUCGUCAGCAUCUUCACCGACCGGAUCGGCUGCAGGACCACGGCAGCCAUGGGAGCUACCAUCGCCUUCAUCGGGCUCCUCUCCAGCUCCUUCACCAAGUCCCUGGAAGUUCGUUAUUUCACCUAUGGGAUCCUCUUUGGCUGUGGCAGCUCCUUCGCCUUCCAGCCCUCACUGGUCAUCCUCGGGCACUACUUCAAGCGCCGCCUGGGCCUGGCCAACGGCAUCGUGGCCGGGGGCAGCUGCCUCAUCUCCGUGCCGCUCCCCUUCUUCCUGAAGAUGGUCGGGGGUGCCAUCGGGCUGGCACACACGUUCCAAGUACUCAGUGCCUUAAUGCUCAUCCAGAUCUUCUUGUCCAUGACCUACCGGCCCAUCCUGACGCCUUCUUGUGACUCUCAGCACGAUGGGCACGACAAGCUGGGCAGCCAGAGCAUGAGACAGCAGUGCUGGGCCCAGACCCGCAAGUAUUUCAACCUGAGGGUUUUCCGGAGAAAGACCUAUCGGAUUUGGGCCUUUGGGAUCGCUACUGCUGUCCUGGGAUACCUCGUACCUUACAUGAACCUGGUCAAAUACGUGGAGAAGCGAUUUCAGGAAACCAAGAAGGACUGGAUCCUCCUGGUUUGCAUCGGGGCCAUGUCGGGGCUGGGGCGCUUGGUUUCAGGCCGCAUUGGCGACUGCAUUCCUGGGCUGAAGAAGAUUUACCUGCAGGUCGCGUCCUUCAUGCUGUUGGGUCUCCUGUGCAUGAUGAUCCCCCAGUGCCGAGGCUUCGAGGGCGUCAUUGUCAUCUGCCUCUUCCUCGGCCUCUGCGACGGCUUCUUCACCACCAUCAUGGCCCCCAUCGCCUUCGAGCUGGUGGGGCCCAUGCAGGCGUCCCAGGCCAUAGGGUACCUCAUGGGGCUGAUGGCCGUGCCCAUGACCGCGGGCACGCCCAUAGCAGGAUACCUCAACGAUUAUUUUGGGAAUUACGACGCGGCCUUUUACUUUGCCGGGGUGCCGCCCAUCAUCGGCGGCCUGGUGCUCUCCGUGGUGCCGCUGGUCCACCAGAGGAUGCUGAAGAAGCAGCGCCUGGAUUCUGGCAAAGACAAGAUGCUGGUGUCGGAGGCGGUGGUGAACGGGGAGCUGCUGCCGGGCUGCCCAGCCUCCGAAGCGCACAUGUGACGCCGCUGCCGGCUCUCCCCGGGACACCAGCAGCCUCUCCAUAGCCCCAGCACAGGCCCUUUCCCAGACGGACCGGAAUUCCCAGUGAUCGCAGAUGCACUAUGUUUGUAAAGGAGAAAACACAAAAAGUUCUUCUAGUUAAAGGCUUUUAACUAGCAGAAAUGCUCUUUUUUUUUUUUUUUUUUUUUUAUGGCACAGUUUUGAUUUUAAAGCCACCUUUUUUUUUUUUUAUUAUUAUUUUUUUCCCCCUUCUAACCAUUCUUCUAAGGAGAACUCUCACCAGGAUUCAAACUUGAUCAAGCUCCCGCUCCUCUCCCUGGUUUUCUAUACGUCACAACAGAGGUUUACAGCAAAUAAAUGCCUUUUCCAAGCAGGCCACGGAUGGAACUUGUUGAACCUUGCAGCUGUCCAUCCUCCUCCUCCUCCUCCAGUGUCACUUGGGUGUCACAUCCAAGCGAGACAGCCCCUUCCCCGUCCAGCACCUGGGGCUGUUUUGGAGCCAGAGAUCCGAAGGAGGAAACGCUGCUUUAGUCUGAUGCACAAACCAAAUAAAUGUCAGCGAGUCCCGCUUUCAUCUUCUUCUUUCCUCCUUUCCCGCUGCUCUCCCACACCCCCAGGGAGCUGCAGCUGGGAUGACAGGGAGCUGGGCUGGCUCCAGCCAUCGGAGUCACGCGGGAGCACAACCUUCCUGCAAAAUAUGCCUUAAAAACGCGUGGAUGAGACCAGCAGGUCCCUUGGUCGCUUUCCACCUCCGUUUUCCCACCCAGCAAUUAACGACUGGGCUUUUGAGCUGCGAAAGAGAGGGGCAGCUCCUUGUACAGCCCACAGUGCCUGGCUCCGUGGGGCCAAAUCCGUGGGAUCGCCACCAAAGUGGGCACCUUGGUGGCUUUGAGGCACGCAGGGCUGGGACAGAGCCCCUGUGUCAUGGAUCAUGCUGGGACGUGGCUUCCCUGCUGGGCUCAGGGGCACCCACGUGUGUGGGGAUGCUGCUGGCUCAGGGCACAGGGUGCCACUGCUGUUUUUGGGGGCCAGUUGUGUAUUAUUCAGCAAUAAGCAUGAGUCAGUGCUGGUGGGGAAUCCCACUUUUCCAAAGGGUUGGACAGUCCCAGUAGCAUUUUACUUGUAGCCCGUGUGUUGUCACUGAGCUGGUGCAGGGUCAGUGCUGACCCAGGUGGAGAGGGAAGGAAAGGAAGGAAAUCACACAGCCAGUGGGUACCCACCACACCGAGGGGCAGCAGAGCUCAGCCUCGGGCAGGAAUCCAUCAGUGCCCACAGAUAAUUGUAGAAAUUCAAAUUGCCCAGAGAAGCUGUGACUGCCCCAUCCCUGGAAGUGCUCCCGGCCAGGUUGGACAGGGCUGGGAGCAACCUGGGAUAGUGGAAGGUGUCCCUGCCCAUGGCAAGGGGCUGGAAUGAGUGAGCUUUAAGGUCCAUUCCAACCCAAACCAUUCCAUGAUUCUAUGAUCAUCUCCAGGGCUUGCUAAUGAGCGUGGCUAAUGAGUGAGAAGGGAAGUUCUCCUGCCCUGGUGAGUCCCUGUGUGAACAAGGACAGCUGGGACUGGGGUACCUUUUCCUGGGAGAGAGCACGAAACAAAACUCACAUUUAUCCUGACUGCAAACCCAUCCUUCAUCAGAUUUUCAUUUUGUUCAUGUGUUCACUAAAAAGCUGAGAUGUCUGAAGAGGGAUGUGUGGCGUGGGAAUCAUCCCUUGGUCUCGGGGCGAGUGUGGGGGUUUGUAACACCAGGACACGUCUUUGCUGUGGAAAUCUGGGCUCAGUGGAGGCCCCACCCACGGGCAGCAGUGGGACUUUUGUACAUAAUAGGCUCAGGACCCUGCAUGUCCCUCUGGCCCUGUUUUUAACCCCUGUUGGCUGAUGCAUUUGUAAGGUCUUGUGGUCUUGUGGCCCUUCUGUCCCCGUACGAGCUGGAAAAUUACCUGGUGUGUUGUGACGUGUCUGUUUAUGAUAUAAAAUGAGAUGUCUACCUGUCUCUUUCUUGGA